UCCACAAAAGUAUAAAAACAACAAUUAACAGUGUACAAUAAUUACAUACAUGCACCGCUGCGGCGAAUACAACCAUACAAGCGCGCGAAUACAACUAUAAGUAGGGGCGCGGGGUGCCAGCCAACCGCUGCGGCUGUGCAAAAGUCCUCUUGCUCGUGUUGUAGUUGUGUUGCGUUCGCGUAGAAGUGGGUCGAUCUCUUGAACAUCAGCAAAGAUGGCCGCCACCACGCCGGCAGCGGCAGCGGCCGCGGCGCACGUCGUCCACAUCGAGGCCGUGCAGACGGCGGUGCCGACGCGCGUCGUGGAGCCCGGGAGGACGCGCCUCGUCGCCGUGGCGGCGCCGCCGCUCCCGGCGCCCGCGCUGCAGCGCCGCGUCCGCGCGGUGCUCUACUACCGCGGCGCCGGCGGGGCGGCGCCGGGCGCGUGGGAGGACGGGGUGUGGGUGAAGGAGUCGCUGAGCGAGGCGCUGGCCGACCACCCGGAGAUGGCCGGCCGGCUCCGCCGCCGCGCCGACGGGUCGUGGGAGGUGAAGCUGAACGACACCGGCGUGCGCCUCCUCCAGGCGACGGUGGACGCGACCCUCGACGAGUUCCUCGCCGGCAAGGGCGCCCUGGCGCGCCGGGAGGCCGCGCUGGCGCCGUGGACCGACGUGAACGCCGACGACCCCGACAUGUGCCCCCCGUUCUUCAUGCAGCUGACACGGUUCCAGGGAGACGGCGGGUACGCCGUCGGCGUGAGCUGCGCGCUGGUGCUGGCCGACCCGCUGACGCUGGCGAGGUUCCUCCUGUCGUGGGCGCGCACGCACGCCCGCAUCAGGGCGCAGGGCAAGGCCACCCCGCUCCCGAUGGCGCAGUACCUCGCCUACUUCCAGCGCCCGGAGACCACCCGCAAGCGCGUCAGGUCCGUCCCGAUCGACUCCUUCGCCGGCGACGGCGACGGCGACGCCGAGACCGUGCUCUUCAGGGCCGGUACUGCAGCGGCAGCGGCGGCGGACGGCGGGCACGGUGAUCACCGCGCGCUCGCGGCGGCCUGCGUCGACAAGGCGAGCGAGGCGCUCGGCAAGAAGGACAAGGUGUCGAGGCUCUCGGUCGUCGUCGUCGACGCCGCCGGCGGGGACGAUUCCCUGGCCGGAAAGACUACCAUCGAGACGUGCACGGCGUCGCCCGGUGGUGGCGCCGCCGCCGGCGGCGCCUCGCUGGAAGCGGUGCAGUGGAGCGAGCUGGGGCUGGAGGAGCUGGUGCUCAGGGGCAGCAAGCCCGUGCAUGUCUCCUGCAGCAUCGUGACCGGCGGUGGCGGAGACGAAGGGCUCGUCGUCGUGAUGCCCGACGACGGCGCUGGGUCGUUGCUUGUCAUGGCCACUCUCCCCAAGUAGAAGAAGAAGCAGAUGUGUAUGUUGAUGACAAUCGUAAAAUAACAUAGUAUUUUCUUCAUGUCAUAAAAACCAAUCUAGUAUUGGAUGAAACUAUUAGAUUGGUUUUUAUGGGAUGGAGCGAGUACACAUUAUUGUUAUGUAUGACUACGACUGUUGCAAUGAGAGAAAUUUCAGAGAUUGUACUCGUCAAGAUCGAAAACCAAUGUAAUGUAAACCUUCCUUUUUUUUUCUUGGCGGGAUAAUGUAAACCUAUUUAAAUCCUGAGCAUGAUCUGUUGUGUACUCUUGAAGGAUGAAUAAAACGGGAAAAAAAAUCUUUGUAUUUGACUAUAGCACAGUUUGAAAUGUUCAGAAGAAAAAAAAACUGCACGUUCCCUGAAAGUGCACUCAUGGAAUGAACAACAAACAGCCAACAUCAUAAAUACUUCCGAGUGACCGAGUUUAAAAUGGAGACAAUCUCUUUACGACCUAAGUGCGUGCACGUACACUCAUCUUUUUCAAGUCAUUCAAAUAAUGUAAUGUUUUUUUCAGAAAAGAAAAGGUACACUACUACGAAAAAAUUUACGCCGGCGGCAAAAA